GACGGCGACCGUGCGAUGUCACUGGUGCGAUCAAGCGUUGCUUUACUAUGGCAGUUAAAUUUUACUCUAUUAUAUUCCUGGCAGUGAUAUAAGCAUCAUCCGUCACCAUAUAAACCGUAUUUAUUCAACUAUUUACCACUUAUCGCCCUAAUAAAUAUAUUCACCGGGAGAAACCACUCGCAGUCCGAGCGCGGCAUCGAGCACACGCGGCUGAAAAAUCGUUGUAAUUAAUUCAUAUUCUAUCGCCGUACAACAGAAGACGUGUCGUGAUCCCUGUAGUGACGAACGAACGAACACAAUGUCUGCCAAGAACACGCAAACUCCCACGGCGUACGGCACAUUUGUCGAGCCCGACCAGAUCGUGGCCGCAUUGCCGUUGACCCGACUCGAUGUAGAGACUGGCGCGCCGGCGCCCGAGGAGCCCGCCCCAGCCAAGCCGCUGCUCGGGACCAGCUCGAUCCUCGGUCUGUCGGACGUGACCGACAACAAGCUGAUCUGGAGACAGCUGGUAGCCGAGCUGGUGGGCACCUUCCUGCUCACCUCCAUCGGCGUGGCAUCCUGCAUCGCCAUCGGCGACAAAGCAGGCAGCAUCACCACUAUCGCUCUGGCUUUCGGUCUGCUAGUCGGCACUAUUGUCCAGACGAUCGGGCACGUGUCCGGCGGGCACAUCAACCCCGCGGUUACCUUGGGGCUGCUUGCGGCCGGCGAGGUCAAGAUUAUCAAGGCGCUGUUCUACAUCGUGGUACAGUGCCUAGGAGCCGUGGCUGGCGCUGCCUUCAUCAGGUUGGCAGUCCCUGAUAUUGAAGUAAAGAGUGAUGCUUUCGGCAUGACGCUGCCCGGGAAAAACAUCACCGACGGACAGGCAGUGCUCAUUGAGGCCCUGAUCACUUUCGUGCUUGUGUUGGUGGUCAACGGAGUGUGCGACAGCCGCCGCAAUGAUGUCAAGGGCUCGGCGCCCCUCGCCAUCGGCCUCAGCAUCACCGCCUGCCACGCUGCCUGCAUCCCGUUCACUGGCUCCAGCAUGAACCCAGCGCGCUCUUUCGGACCCGCUCUCGUCAUGGGCUACUGGGCUAGCCACUGGGUGUACUGGGUGGGCCCCAUCACCGGCGGAGUCAUCGCCGGCCUGGUCUACAGAUACGUCUUCCGCAUCGGCAAGACCGGCGAAUCCGGCUCCUACGACUUUUAAUCUUAUCCCCAAGCAAUAGAGCCUGGUUUCCAAGAACAGACCUUCCUCGUCUCGAAAACAUGCGUGUUUAUUUGAAAAGAUUAUAUCUGACGUCUUAAGCAAAGGUCGUAUGUCACGAUACGAAUUAUUAGCUUAGCUUUAGAUAUAGUUUUAUCUUACGAGCACGCGUGGUAUAGCGUAAAAGUACAAAGGUGCUACUCGAAUAGAUCUGUGUUCAAAUCUUCGUACAUUGAAUGGUGUUCGAAAAUAGCAAACAACAGUUUUUUUUUUAAUUGUAUUGAAUAUGUACUUUACAUAGUACGUAGGGAUUUACGAUGAAUUGAGUAACGCGUUUGUAUUUUUAGUGUAUGUAGAUAGUGUAAGAUCAUUGAACAUUCAUUAUUGCCAUUUUGUUUUUUAUUCCAAAGUCUAUUUUAAACAUAUCAAUGGGGUUAUACAUAUUUAUGUAAAUGGCUAUCAGCCUAUCACUUUUCAGAUUCCAAAGUAAUUCUUUGGAAAACUUUGUGCUUCUCUCGAUUAUUAAGUUGCACCUUUUUAUCGUAAAGGCUACGAAAACCAAAUAGUUAACCAUAAUCAUUUUAGCUUUCAUGUUUAUUACUAUAACUUGGACGUUACUAUAAUCCUACGCUUCUUUUAUGUUCCCACGCCGGUGUAAGACAACUAAGUUGAUUAAUGUAACUGCAAAAAAACGGUACUGUUCGUCGCGUGAGGAUACAUUUGUGCCAUACGCCACUUAUACCACGCCAUACGCCACUGGUUUACGAAAAAAAGCAUGUAACAUCACACUGCGACGAAAUAUCAGAAGCUCGAAAACAAUAUAAAAUGUAAUCACAGUCCAUAUCCUGGUAGAUUGAAGUCUAGUGAAACUAUCUAUGAUUCAUUCAUAAAAACUAAAUAAAUGACAACACUUUAUAACUGUUAGCAUAUUUUCUGUUAUUUUAGCAAUCAUUAAAAAAUAAUUUUCCUCAAGAAUGGAUAUGGCACAAACGUAUUCUGAGGUAAGAUUUGUAAAAACACUUAACGCCACUUGCACCAUCCCACUUACCCGGAGUUAACCGGUUAAAACGUUAACCCGGUGUCCAACCUUUACUGGUAACCAUAAACCAUGGUAACUCCAGGUUUAACCGGUUAAUCCCGGGUGAGUGGGAUGGUGCAAGUGGCGAUUAAUGUACAUCUAUAGCUCGUACAGAUAUCACGUACAGAAUAUACAUACUAUCCUCGACAGCGGUGUGGGGCCACAUUAUCAGAUGACGGUAUGGUGCAAUCGGUGCUUCUUCUAACUUUACACUAAGUUAGGAAUUAAGUUAUUUAAGACUAUUUAUAUUAUAUGAAAUAGUUUAAGGUACAAAAUUAAAUUUAUACUCGAACAGUGGUAUUGUGAAUCAUAAUACUGCGCAACGUUGAUUUGUUAGCGGAACAAUUUGUCAAAGUAUAAAUAAAUACAUCUAUUAAA